GGCUGGUAGAAACGCGGGGGUGGGCUGUUCUCAGAUUCUACGGGAGAAAUAGGGAGAUAGAGUUAAAAACAGAGGAGGGUUUGUAAAUGAUUUUUGAUACACUCGCAUCCCUAAAGCAGAGAUGAGGGAACUCUAGUGUGUCUCUGCUGUCGUAGUUGAAGUUCUACUGAGGAUUUUCGGGGAAACUAGGACAUGAGAACAGAAGUGAGAAGAGGUAACAUUGCUGCAGAUUUCUGGGAAAGAAAAGUUGGGUUUGGUUGUAAUCCGUGCUCCAAGAGGGACAUGAUGUCUUCGGCAACGGUGUGAAGGACCUGACCUCCUCACAGAGAUGUUGGGCCCAAGUGGAUGUCAUGUACAAUGAAUCUGGAGCUAUGGCCGAUUACUCCUCAUAAUAUACAGGAUACUCAGAUCCUUCUUCGCCAGCUUAAUCUAUCCUGGAAGUAACAUGGGAAUGUUCAUAUUUUAUUUCUGGAUUUAGUCAGGAAGGAGAACCGAGCAGCUACGGUGUUAUUUUGACGCACCACACAAGGUAUCCGCGCCGGAGAAAUACAGCUCGUGCAUUGGAAGAGCCAGCGCGUAAAACAGAAUGCAUGGAUGUCAAAGCAGUACAAUGAUCUAGAAUUGAGAUCUGUAUAUUGACUGAGUUUUAUUGUUUGGUGAAUUCACGCCAAGGUCGAAGAAAAUAUAAUUAUUUGAAAAUGAAAGAAAAAUCGAAAAAUGCUGCCCGGACUCGACGGGAAAAGGAAAAUAGUGAAUUCUAUGAGCUGGCCAAACUAUUGCCUUUACCUUCUGCCAUCACGUCUCAGCUUGAUAAAGCUUCAAUUAUUCGACUCACAACAAGUUACUUGAAAAUGAGAAUUGUUUUUCCUGAAGGUCUGGGAGAGUCCUGGGGCCACGUGAGUCGGACCAGAUCUCUGGAUAAUGUUGGGCGGGAGCUGGGAUCACAUCUGUUACAGGUGGGAUCACAUAUCCUACAGACGUUGGACGGGUUCAUUUUUGUGGUUGCUCCUGACGGGAAAGUAAUGUACAUAUCUGAAACAGCAUCGGUCCAUUUGGGCUUAUCACAGGUAGAGCUGACCGGAAAUAGUAUUUACGAGUACAUCCACCCCGCUGACCACGACGAAAUGACAGCCGUGCUGACAGCUCACCAACCCUGCCACUCGCACUUUGUCCAAGAAUAUGAAAUGGAACGUUCGUUCUUCUUGAGAAUGAAAUGUGUCCUCGCGAAAAGAAAUGCUGGUCUGACAUGUGGUGGAUACAAGGUGAUCCACUGCAGCGGGUACCUAAAAAUCCGUCAGUACAGCCUGGACAUGUCUCCAUUUGAUGGCUGCUACCAGAACGUGGGCUUGGUGGCGGUGGGCCACUCUCUACCGCCUAGCGCUGUCACUGAAAUCAAACUACACAGCAACAUGUUCAUGUUCAGAGCCAGCCUGGAUAUGAAGCUCAUUUUCCUCGACUCCAGGGUAGCUGAGCUGACAGGCUAUGAGCCCCAGGAUCUUAUAGAGAAGACCCUCUAUCACCAUGUCCACAGCUGUGACUCCUUCCACCUGAGAUGUGCACACCACUUGUGUGAGUUAGUGCUGGUGAAAGGCCAAGUGACCACUAAGUACUAUAGGUUCCUGGCUAAGCAGGGUGGCUGGGUUUGGGUUCAGAGCUAUGCCACCAUCGUACACAACAGCCGUUCCUCCAGACCCCACUGUAUCGUCAGUGUCAACUACGUCCUCACGGAUACUGAGUAUAAAGGACUCCAGCUGUCUCUGGACCAGCUUACAGACACCAAGCCCUCCUUCCCCUUCAGCAGUGCUCCCACCAGCCUCACUGAGAACCGCAGAGCACCCAAGAGCAGAGUGUCUCGAGCUAAGGCCAAGGCUCGACUGUCCCCCUACACACAGUACACUGGUUUCCAGGCCGAGCGGUCAGAGUCGGACCAGGAUAGCCCUUGGGCAGGAUCUCCCCUCACAGACUCCGCUUCCCCUCAGCUGCUGGAGCAGGGGGAGGGGCUUGGCACCUCCUGUGCCUACAGGCAGUUCUCCGAGCCACGUCCCCUCUGCUACAGCCUCCCAAUCACUGAGGAGCACCACCACCACCACACCCCCAGCGACAGCCACUCCCACCUCGACAGACACGGACACAACCAGACGUGCGAGCGGGGCCGCUGUGAGGCAGGGAGGUACUUCCUGGGUGCUCCCCAGGGUGGGACAGAGGCGUGGUGGGGAGCUGCCCACUCUGUGCUGCCCCUGGCCAAGACUUCGUCCCUGGAGAAUGGAGAGGGAUACGAGAGCAGCGUGCCCCACAUCCCCUCCAUCCACAGUCUGCAUAACUGUGGCCAAUGGGAUCAGGACAGUGUGGUCAGCUCGCCAGACGGGGGCUCCGCCAGCGACUCAGGGGACCGUUACCGCGCAGACUACUUUCGGGUCAGCCCCCAGGAGCCGAGCAAGAUUGAGACCCUGAUCCGAGCCACGCAGCAGAUGAUCAAGGAGGAGGAGAAUCGGCUGCAGCACCGCAGCAAGCUCCACCCAGGGCCUGACACUCCUCUAGGUCCUGCCAACGGCCUCCCGAAGGGCCCAGGCCCCUGCUUCACCACUGACUACCCCCAGGGGGUGCUACAUAGCGUGUUGUGCCGUGGCCUGGGUCAGGUGAUCAGCCCUGCAUCAAGCCCUGCCCCUCUCUUCAGGCUCAGCAGCCCAGGGUCUGACCACCGCCUCCCCAAACCCAAAAACUACCUCCAGCAGACAGGACAGACAGACCUGUCCCCUCUCCCCCAGCCCCUGCACCACCAGCUUGGCCGUCCAGGCCCCUGCUCAGCCUCCUCCCCUAGCCCUGCCCCAGCCCUCUACCCUUCCCACCCCCAAACCCAAACGGGGAGGCCCUAUCUGGACAAGCAAGCUGCUACCUACUCCCUGACGGGGAGGCCCUACCUGGACAAGCAAGCUGCUACCUACUCCCUGACGGGCUACGCCCUGGAGCACCUGUAUGACACCGAGAGCCUCAGGGACUUCUAUUCCUCCGCUGGCUCCACCCACUACGACGUGACUUCACACCUGCGCAUGCAGGCAGAGCAGGGGCCGGGACACAAGGGGACCUCCGUCAUCAUCACUAACGGCAGCUAACGCCCGCUUGUCCAAUAACACUAAAGGGAUGUCUAAAAUGUCAGCCUAUUCCCUGUAAAUGGAAUAGCGUGCCAUUUCCCUACACACUAUUUUUGACCAGAGCCUGCGUAGGGCUCUGGUCAAAAGUAAUGCCCUACAUAGGGAAUAGGGUGCCAUUUCAGACGCACAGUAAAACACAUGAAGAAGAAACUGUGGAGCCAUGGAAUAUUCAUUCUAUAGCCCAGCCUCAACGGCCUCUUCUGCGUCUUAUCCAGCAAAAAAAAAAAUGUCCUAUCCUACUUCGUGUUUCCUUUUCUUUUAAUCUUUACAGAGCUACAUUAUUCCAUUUGCACUGUCAGAAAUAGAGUUUCAUUGUGGGAACCUCACCCCUAUGGUUGAAGAUAGGGUUGUGGAUAUGUUUUAAGUUAACAGGACAGGGUUCAACGUUAGUGCACUUUUUAGUGUUGGUCAGAAUCCCCUUAUCACAACACAACUCUAGAGUUAAAGUCAACUAGACCUGGUUAAAUUGAUAUAUUUUUUGCCCGCGCUACAGAUGGCUAUAUCGGUCUGCUAAUACAGGACUAGUAAAGGCCCAGUGCACUACUUUUCAGAAAAUAAUUCAGGGGGUACUGCAGCAUCCUCAGCACCCCUACUUCUCGUAGCUAUGAUUAAAGGUGUGCAGUAUGGAGAUGAAGCAAAAAUGACACAAAAAAACUUCACAGACAUCAACAAUUAUGCAAAUUCAUUCUAUCUAUGUUUUCCCCACUAUGUGAGCUAUGGAUUAAGGGAAGUGUACCCACACUUUUCAGAGAAAGCGAAGGGGGGGUUUUAAGGGAUACAUGCAAGAGAUACAUAUGCCUACAUUUACAUUGAGACAUACAGCAGUUCACCUGGACUGUCAGGUAGCAGGCUUUACUUGGGCUAAAUGUCUUGUUGGCGGGGAUAACAACACUUAUUAGUACUUUGGUCUGUAGUGGUAUAAUAUCACCUCAGUGAGGAUAACAACAUUAUAUACAACCUCUAAUGAACAACCUUAUUGAGAUGUGAUUACUGGGAAGCUAAGGGUCAAUAUGAUGACAUGGAUUGUCUCAUUUGCCAGGUGUAGUGGUAAACACUGAGGGGGAAUUUUGCAUGCUUUCAAGGUAAAUACUGAGGAGGGAGUUAGCAUGCUAACAUGGCUGAGGUGGGAGUUAGCAUGCUAACAAGGCUGAGGUGGGAUGUUAGCAUGCUAACAAGGCUGAGGUGAGAGUUAGCAUGCUAACAAGGUUGAGGUGGGAGUUAGCAUGCUAACAAGGCUGAGGUGGGAUGUUAGCAUGCUAACAAGGCUGAGGUGAGAGUUAGCAUGCUAACAAGGCUGAGGUGAGAGUUAGCAUGCUUACAAGGCUGAGGUGAGUUAGCAUGCUAACUAGGCUGACGUGAGAGUUAGCAUGCUAACGUGUACCUCCGAGGCAUGUCUUGUUAAAUUGUCAACAAGGGUAAUUGUACAGUUAUUGUACUGGAAAGAGAUGCCCAUUGUUUAUUGAACAUAUGAUGAGAUGAAGGAAAAAUCAAGUGAGGUGAAAUGGAGAGAUUGUGUCUGAUGUGGUUGAUUGACUUGUGCACUGUUCUAAUAUUACAGAAUGAUGUAGUGGCAACGCUUGCUUGUACCAACAUGACAUUAGUUACUAUUACCCUAAUAAUGAGUUAUAUGACAAUUCAUGAAAUGUUUUCACAAAGUCAUGAUACAUGCAGCAAUAUGCAAUCCAACCGGUUGGGUAGUCAUUUAGACAGCCUAAAUCAUGAUCACAUCUGAUCAUGAUAAUGCUUGUUUGUUAUAAACUGGCAUUACCUUUCUCUAACGCUUCAUAUCAUGUUUAUUAUACUGUUUUGUAGGCAGUGUGACACAUUUCUAGCGUUCCCCUGGAUUCUGUUGUAGUUGUGGUUACCAUAUCUCUUAUAUUUAUACGUUUGGGUUUGUUUUAGUUUUUUUGUCUGAAUUGUGCUUUUCCAAAGUUAUUUAUGAUGUAAAUAUGCUGAGAAAAAGACACCACUUUGAAGCACAAGGGAAAAGUUGUAUUUAUUUAGUGAAUGUUUAUUUUGGGUUUUGAAAUAUAGUUGCAAUCAAAACAGUCUGCUUGCAUAUGAGUGUGUUUGAUUUAAACAAAUUCUAUGAAAAUUAAUAAAUAAAUAAACAGAACACUUUUUCCAAAGAAAAAA